CCGUUAAUAACGCACGCCUAGUACAUCUACCCCCAGUAAUAAAAAAUGUCUAAGUGUGACUCCUGCAAAAGGAACCUAUCAAAAUCUUCUCCGGGACUAGAAUGCUGCAAGUGUGAACGGAUUGUGCAUCUAAAUCCAAAGUGCGCGGGGCUAACAAAUAAACAGAUUACUGCCCUAAAAGCGGCCCCCAAUCUGGAGUGGACGUGUCACGAAUGCCAGCAAGAACUCCCAAGACAACCUUCAAUUAUUACGCCUGAAGAGGACGAUGACGAAAGUGAUGCACCGGUUCAAAUCGACGCAAAAAAAUUACUAAGUAACAUCUCAAAAGACGUAGAAAGAGCGAUCAAAAACGAAAUGGCGCAGCUACACGAAUCCUUGCAAUUUCAUAGCGCAAAACUUGAUGAGGCUAUGGAAUGCAUCGAGGGCUUCAAAAAAACAAUUAAAGCUCUCGAGAGGAAGAACACAGAACUUACAAAUAAAAAUAACAACCUUGAAACACGUGUCGGCGCCCUGGAACAACGGAUACAGGAGGCGGAACAGGAGAAGCUAGGAAAAUACAUCGAAAUAUCAAAUAUACCAAACCAAACAAAGGAAGACAUUCAAUUAAUUACUGAAAAUAUCGCAAAUAAACUUAACCAGGCUAAACAAGACAUCAAAAGUGCACGGAGACUACAGGGGCGGAAGGAGCAAACAGCAAAUAUACUAAUUGAACUGAUUGACGAAGAAGUGAAGGAAAAAUGGAUAACAGCAGCUAGAAAUACAAAGUUAAUAGUUGCAGCAGUAAUUCCGAACGAAAAAACUAACAACAACGCUGUCUAUGUACGCGAAGCCAUGACAAAGCAUCAUAAGCAAUUGUUCUGGAAUGCCAAACAGGAGCUGAAAAAUAAUCUCAACUACAAAUAUGUGUGGUUUAAAAGGGGACUAAUCAAAGCACGCAAAGGAGACAAUGAUAAAAUUAUUACUCUACGGUCCAUUAAAGAUAUACAUGCAUUGACUAACAACAAGGAAUAAUUAAGUAAGAAACUUCAUGUCUGCUCUUAUAUUAUUAACUUUGUCUAUAAAAAUGGCUGAUUUGUGUAAUGAUAUAAUCGAAAUCAAUGAUUGUAGUAAUGUCAAUAACUUUUUAAAUUGUAUUCCUCACAGUCACCUCAACUUAUUAUGUAUACAUAUUAAUAUACGAUCGAUUAUAAAAAACUUCACCGCACUUGAACAAAUUUUAAGUAAAUCAAACAAAUGCAUUGAUAUUGUAAUUCUAACAGAGGCUAAUGUAUCAGAAAAUAAUAGUGUAUUAUAUGAAAUAAGCGGUUACCGAAUGUAUAAAGCUCUUCGUAACUAUAGAAAAGGCGGUGGUAUAAUAUUAUUUGUCAAUAACAAUCUUAAGUGUAAUAUUAUAAACGCAAAAACAAAAUACUUUGAAAGCAUCUUUUGUUCUAUAACAACAAACACUAACUACACUGCCAACAUUUGCGCGGUAUACCGCCCGCCUAACUUAAGUAAAAUUUUAUUUAUUGAUGAAUUGAAAUUUACACUUAAAAAAUUCCCUAACACCACUGAAUUAUAUCUACUAGGCGAUACUAACAUAGACCUUAAGAGUGAAAAUCCUGUAAAGCAUAAAUACAACAACAUGUUAUAUGAAAUGGGCCUUGUAUGCGGGAUCACUGUACACACUAGACUAGAACUAAAUAAUGGCAAACUAAGUAAAUCUUGUAUAGAUCAUAUAUUUGCACGAUCCCGCUCACAAGACCUAUUCACGGCGGCACUCGGUACUACACUGGCCGAUCAUCGCGCGGUGAUACUCGCUUGCAUUGGUACACGAACACAGGAUGUUCCCAAAGAAAAGAUUUGUAUUAAUAAUACAAAACUUCUUAAAUAUCUCGAGCAAAUUCAAUGGGAGGAAUCGUAUGAUACUAACUGUCCAGAAACAUUAUAUAACUUUAUUAAUUCAAAAUUUCGGGAGUGUUAUAAAAAAUCUGAAUACACAAUUAAAAUAAAAAACCGAUCAACACAUCGCAAUAAUAAUUGGAUAAACAAGAAAAUUACGAAUGCUUGCAAGAAUAGAGAUACAUUAUUUAUAAAAUGGAUAAAAGAUCCUAAUAACCUAAUAUUAAAGCAAAAUUAUAACAAAUCGAGAAAUUACGCUAAUAAAUUAAUUAAUAGAACUAAAAAUAAUUAUUACAAAUCAGAAAUAAUUGCAAACGGGAAUAAUAGUAGACAAUUAUGGCAAAUAUUAAAUCGAAUCACUGGUAGAAUUAAGAGGUCGAUUGAUGAUACUAUUAAUAAUGCAUUUCAAAAAACUAACGUGUCUUAUAAACAGAUCGCAAACAACUUUGCACAAUUUUUUAAAAAUAGCACAAAAAAUAUUACCCCUAACUGCUCAAUGCCAUUACUUAAUAAAUCACAAUACAAAACUUCGGCCCAGGUCACUAUGCGACUAAAACCCGCGAAGCCUGAUGCAGUCAAAAAUAUAAUCAUGAGCUUAGACAAUAAUAAAGCCCCAGGAGUAGAUUGUAUUAGAGCCUGUGACUUAAAAAAAAUAUGUACAAGAAUUCAAACAGUCAUCACAAAUUUAAUUAAUUUAUGUAUAAAAACCUGUAACUACCCAUCAGUGCUUAAAACCGGCAUCGUCCGACCGAUUUAUAAAAAGGGAUCAAAAACAGAUUAUACCAACUACAGACCGAUAACAAUAUUACCUACUAUUGAUAAGAUUAUUGAAAAAUAUAUUGCCAAACAUAUAUAUGAAUUCUAUGAAAAUAAUAAAAUUUUAACCAACCAUCAAUAUGGAUUUAGGCCAAACAAGAACACAACACAACUUCUGUCAGCGUUUACCGAUAGCGUCCAUUCACAUUUAAAUAACAAAAAACAUGUACUAGCAGUAUUUAUAGACUAUAGUAAGGCGUUUGAUACGCUUUGUCACGAGAGACUAUUAGAGUGCCUGCAUGACAGCGGUAUUAGAGGCAACCUAUUGGACUGGUGUUCGGACUACCUCAACGAUAGAAGAUACACUGUUAGAGUCUG